AUGACGCUGCAGAAGCGCGUCAAGGGUAUGGUAGACAAGAACACCAGUCUUGCGAGCGUGAUCCAGUCCGGCUCGCAAUCUCCCCCAGCGAUCAUCGUCCUCUGGGAAUUUGCUGGGGCCGAACAUGAUGGAGAAACCUCUCCAGGUCACGAGGAGGUGCGGGAGGCCGAGAAGGUGGUGUCGGAGGGUGACGCGUCUGAGGUCGAGACGCUCAAGAAUGCGCUGGACGAAGCCAAGAAGGAGGCAGAGGAGGAACGAGCCGCCCGCCUAAAACAUGAAGCGAGGUUGGAUGAAGUCCAACAAGAUCUCAAGGAUGCUAUAAGAAAAAGUGAGUACUUGGAGCGCAAGGGGCGCACCCGACUGGGCGCCGGCGACCACAGCAGGGCGCCGGAGCAAGGGGAGGGGGGUGCCAGUGGCCAGGGGCGGCUGGAGUCAGGCGCGGCGAAGGCCACCGGGCGCGGGACGCGGCCGGUGCGGCGCCUCCGCGGCGGCGCGGGCGGCACCGGAGCGGGGCACGGGGAGCGGCGGCCGGUGGCGGCCAACGGCGGGCGGGCCCGGCGCAGGGAGCUCGCACGGGAGCAGCCUGGGGGCGAGGGUGGCCACAGGCAGGCGCGGCAGUGCGCGCGCGUGCGGGCGGGAGAGACGGGGCGCGGGGGCGCGGCCAUGGGCGCGUUCAGGGGCGCCGGGGCGCGGGUGAGGACGGCGUCGUGGCGUCCGCGAGCGGCAGGCGGUCGCCACGGCGGGCGGCAACUGCGUGCGACUACGGCGCGGCGCGGGAGCAGAGAGGGAGGAGGGGAGGCGGCGGCUCACAGGGGCCGUAGGGGAUGGGCGGCGGGGGUUGAGGGGGUCGACGGGGACGACGCACGCAGGGGAGGAAGGGGAAGCAGGCCGGUGGGGGAGUGCUCCGGCGGCGUCCAGGCGGCGGCGGGGUCGAGCGCGACGUCGACGGUGGUCUCCUCCCGAUCCAGAUCGGGGGAGGCAGAGGAGGAGGGGGGAUAUUUCGGGGGGAGUGGGGGCUGUCGGUGA